CAGUCCAUCUACAUUGGCGUCCCAGUGCCUCGAGGAUAUCGACGCAAACGCAGGCGAAGGCGCUCUAGUCGUGAGGCUGCUGACAUGGACAGGGACAGACGCUACAGCCACCACAGACACCACGAGCACGACCGCUACAGAGACAUAGACAUAGAGGAAGGACUUAUGGAUUCUAACGAGCAGAGUCUCCAAGACAUCAACCGCACAAUGUCUCCGGCAGCAGAGCGGCUACGUUACAUCCUAAAUGAAGAGGAUGACAUGCCCACGCCGACGCUCUUCACCGAGAUGGACACUCUACAGCGAGAAGGAGAUGAGCUGGAGUGGAAGGAGUCUGCUAGGUGGGUGAAGUUCGAAGAGAAGGUGGAGGAGGGAGGAGAAAGGUGGAGUAAACCACACGUGUCCACACUGUCCCUGCAUAGUCUCUUUGAGCUCAGGACGUGUCUCCAGACGGGGACUGUGCUGCUGGACCUGGAAGGCUACUCGUUGCCUCAGAUAGUUGAUGACAUCAUUGAGAGACAAAUAGAGGAAGGCAUGAUAUCUCCUGAGCUACGAGAGAAGAUCACUUUUGUCCUGCUGAGGAAACAUCGACACCAGACUAAAAAGCCCAUCCACCGCUCCCUAGCCGACAUUGGGAAAUCCAGCUCUUCCACCAGUGAGUGUCCAGUUCUGAAAUGUCCAGGGUCAAUGGCCAACUUUAACCGAUCCACAGAGGACCUCCGAAUGAAACAGCAGUCUGCCAACUAUGGUCGCCUGCGUCACGCCCAGAGUAGGAGUAUGAACGAUAUUGCAGAUACUCCGAGCACGGACCAGCUAAAAAAUAAAUUUAUGAAGAAGAUUCCCAGAGAUGCAGAGGCAUCCAACGUCUUGGUUGGAGAAGUGGAUUUCCUCAACAAACCCUUUGUAGCCUUUGUCCGCCUGGCCCAGGCUACAACACUAGGAGGUCUGACUGAGGUCCCUGUUCCCACCAGAUUCCUGUUUAUUCUUUUGGGACCUCAAGGAAAGGCCAAGUCCUAUAAUGAGAUCGGCCGAGCCAUAGCAACCUUAAUGGUGGAUGAUCUCUUCAGUGAUGUAGCCUACAAGGCCAGAGAUCGGGAGGACCUCAUCGCAGGCAUAGAUGAGUUUUUGGAUGAGGUGAUAGUGCUUCCACCUGGAGAAUGGGAUCCCAAAAUCCGCAUUGAGCCACCCAAGAAAGUCACCUCGGCUGACAAAAGGAAAUCAGUGUUUUCCUUAAACGAGCUGGGACAGAUGAACGGUACAGCUGGAGGAGGAGGAGGCCUGGCUCAGGACGAGGAGAUGCCAGAGCAACAUGAGCUCGGAGAAGAGCUGGCAUUCACUGGACGCUUCUGUGGUGGUCUGUACCUGGACAUAAAGCGGAAAUUGCCUUGGAUACCUAGUGAUAUUUAUGAGGGUUUCCACAUUCAGUCUAUCUCCGCUGUGCUCUUCAUCUACUUGGGCUGCAUUACCAAUGCCAUUACCUUCGGAGGCCUGCUGGGAGAUGCUACAGACAACUACCAGGGUGUGAUGGAGAGCUUCCUGGGUACAGCUCUGGCUGGCUCUGUCUUCUGUCUCUUCAGCGGUCAGCCCCUCAUCAUCCUCAGCUCCACUGGACCCAUCCUCAUCUUUGAAAAACUCCUGUUUGAAUUCAGCAAAAACAACGACAUAGAUUACAUGGAGCUGCGUCUGUGGAUCGGCAUGCACUCCUGCCUGCAGUGUUUCAUCCUGGUAGCUACAGACGCCAGCUACAUCAUCAAGUACAUGACGCGCUUCACUGAGGAGGGUUUCUCCAGCCUCAUCUCUUUCAUCUUCAUCUCCGACGCCAUCAAGAAGAUGGUGGGCUCCUUCAAAUAUUACCCCAUCGACACGGACUUCAAGCCCGACUACAUCACCACCUACAAGUGCGAAUGCCUGGCCCCAGACCCGAUUCCAAUGCCAGAUAACAGCUCUAGUGUCUCUGGGUUGAAUGUGACAGCUCUGGACUGGAGCCAGCUGAGCAAGAAGGAGUGUGUAAAGUAUGGAGGCUCUCUGGUGGGAAAGUCCUGCAAGUACGUCCCCGAUCUGGCCCUCAUGUCUUUCAUCCUCUUCUUCGGCACCUACUCCAUGACCGUCUCCCUCAAGAAGUUCAAGUUCAGCCGCUACUUCCCCACUAAGUUGAGGAAACUCAUCAGUGACUUCUCUAUCUUCAUGUCCAUCAUGACGUUUGUGGGGCUAGAUAUGCUGUUGGGACUCAAAACUCCAAAGCUAAUCGUCCCCACAGAGUUUAAGCCAACUCGACCGGGUCGUGGCUGGCUGGUGAUGCCAUUUGGUAAGAACCCGUGGUGGGUUUAUUUGGCCAGCUUCGUCCCUGCCCUCCUCGUCACUAUCCUCAUCUUCAUGGACCAGCAGAUCAGUGCAGUCAUUGUUAACCGCAAGGAGAACAAACUUAAGAAAGGCUGUGGCUAUCAUCUGGAUCUGUUGUGGGUGGGCGUCCUAAUGGCUGUCUGCUCUUUCAUGGGCCUGCCCUGGUACGUCGCUGCCACUGUCAUCUCCAUUGCCCACAUCGACUCUCUGAAAAUGGAGAGUGAGUCGAGCGCUCCCGGAGAACAACCUCAGUUCCUCGGGGUCAGAGAACAAAGAAUGACAGGCAUUUUGGUGUUUGCACUCACCGGAGUCUCCAUCUUCCUCGCUCCAGUACUUAAGUUCAUCCCCAUGCCUGUGCUGUACGGUGUCUUCCUCUACAUGGGCGUAGCUUCCCUCAGUGGAAUCCAGUUCUGGGACAGGAUUAAGUUGUACAUGAUGCCAUCCAAGCACCAGCCCGACUUCUCCUACCUGCGUCACGUUCCUCUGAGGAAGGUGCACCUGUUCACACUGGUCCAGAUCAUAUGUCUGGCUGUGCUCUGGAUCCUCAAAUCCACCUUCUUGGCCAUCAUCUUCCCUGUUAUGAUCCUGGGUCUGAUGGUCGUCCGAAAGAUGCUGGACAUGGUCUUCUCCCAGCACGACCUGGCCUGGCUGGACGACCUCCUUCCUGAGAAAGAGAAGAAGAAGAAGGAAGAUGCUAAGAAGAAGGGGAAGGAGAAGGAUAAGAAGAAGUCCAAAGCAGACGACAGCGAGGAGGAGGACAAGUCCCACCCCUACUCCAACCACUCACCCAGCUCUGAGUCAGACUUGGAUCGCAGCAUCACCCUCCACCUGAAGAUCUCCUGCCCGUCGUCUCCGGCCAUGCCAAUGGGGCGAGGGAUGGCCUGCCCCGUGCCCCAGGUCAAGAUCGAGAUGGAGUCGGACUACGACUCGGACAUCGACCACCACCGCCCUCGGGACAUGAGCAGUGAGACCACGUUAUAA